UAAUGUUCAGAAUUUCUUAACUGUUCAGUUUAUUUCAUUACAACUACCUAUUUGUCAUUAUUACAGAAAAAUCAAAAUGAAGCUCUUCAUUUUAUUGGCCGCUCUUAUUGCAGCUACCUGCGCUCUUUCAGACCAUCAACAAUGGACUGAAUUUAAAGUUAACUUUUCUCGACAAUAUGAACCACAUGAGGAAAAUGUCCGUUUCGAAAUUUUCCAAAAUAAUCUUCGUAAAAUAGAAGAGCACAAUGCUAAAUACGAUAAAGGAGAAGUAUCGUACUACAUGAGAGUAAAUAAGUUCGCCGACUGGACUAAAGAAGAAUUCAAUCAAUUGUUGAUAUCUCAAAUAUCAUCAAAACCAGAUAUUGAGGAUAUUGAAGAAUUCAAAAUAAAUCCUAACUUUGUUAGUUCAGAAUCCUUUGAUUGGAGACAAAAAGGUGCAGUAACAGCGGUUAAAGAUCAAGGAACUUGCACAUCUGGCUGGGCUUUUAGUACUACGGGAGCCUUAGAAGGACAACUAGCCAUUCUCCAGAAAAACUAUAAUGAAUUGAGUGAACAAGAAUUGGUGGAUUGUGAUACUACAAAUAAUGGAUGUGUGUACGGUGAAAUGAGAUACGCUCUUAAUUAUGUUAGACAAAAUGGUAUUAUGUCGGAAGCUAGUUAUCCAUAUGAAGGUGUUUCUGGUUCUUGCAGAAAUUCGUCCAAUAAAGUAAUUUCACAAAUAUCAGGAUACGUCCGUGUCAGACAUGAAUCAGAACUCGAACAAGUUGUUGCUGGAGUCGGUCCAGUUUCUGUUGGCCUGAGUGUUAAUGACGAGUGGCAGUUAUAUGGUGGAGGUAUUUUCGAUAGCCGCGAUUGUGGUCGUGAUUAUAAACAUGGCGCACUUCUCGUUGGUUAUGACCCAGAAGCUUGGAUCAUCAAGAACUCUUGGGGUACAUCUUGGGGAGAAGAAGGUUACAUUCGCUUGGUCCGUGGUAGAAACCAAUGCGGUAUUAUUAUCCAAGCUGUUUUUCCAAGAUUAAAAAUCAAAAUGCAGCUCUUCUUUUUACUGGCCACUUUUAUUGCAGCUACCUUUGCACUUUCAGACUAUCAACAGUGGGCUGAAUUCAAAGGUAACUUUUCAAGACAAUACGGACUAAAAGAGGAAAAAGUCCGUUUCCAAAUUUUUAUAAAUAAUCUGCGUAAAAUAGAAGAGCACAAUGCUAAAUACGACAAAGGAGAAGUAUCGUACUACAUGAGAGUAAAUAAGUUCGCCGACUGGACUAAAGAAGAAUUCAGUGAAAUACUGAAAGCUCAAAUAUCAUCAAAACCAGAUAUUGAGGAUACUGAUGUAUUCGAAGUAGAUUCCAACUUUGUUCGCCCAGAAUCCAUUGAUUGGAGACAAGUGGGUGCAGUAUCAGCAGUUAAAGAUCAAGGAAUUUGUGGAUCUUGUUGGGCUUUUAGUGUUACGGGAACUUUAGAAGGACAGUUAGCCAUUCAACGGAAAAGCUACAUUGCAUUGAGUGUACAAGAAUUGGUCGAUUGCGAUACUUCAGAUAUGGGAUGUGAUGGUGGUGACAUGAGACCCGCUUUAGAUUUCGUUAAAAAUAAUGGUCUUAUGUCAGAAGCUGAUUAUCCAUAUGUUGGUUACUCAGGUUCUUGCAAAACCUCGUCUAAUAAAGUUAUUUCAAAAAUCACAGGAUACGUUCCUGUUAGACCAACUGAAGAAGCUCUCGCAGAUGCUGUUGCUAGUGUAGGUCCAAUUUCUGUUGGACUAAAUGCUGAUUUCGACUGGCAGUUUUAUGGAGGAGGUAUUUUCGAUCAUUUCUCUUGUGACGAUGAUCUCAAUCAUGGUGUUCUUGCCGUUGGUUAUACCCCAGAGGCUUGGAUCAUCAAGAACUCUUGGGGUACAUCUUGGGGAGAAGAAGGUUACAUUCGCUUGGUCCGUGGUAAAAACCAAUGUGGUGUUAGUCUUUACUGUACUUAUCCGAAAUUGUAAUUUGGCUAAAGGAAAUUGGAUGUAUUGUAAUUAUUAAAUCGUUUAUUAAAACAUUGACGCAUA